GUUAAUCAGAGCAUAAGGAUUUCAUCUUUUUCUCUACAAACUUUUCAAUUAUCUUUUUCUAAGAGUUACAAAAGUAUAUUUGUUUUCUAUAUAAAUUUGGGAUAGUCUAUCUACAUUUCUACAAAAUUCAGCUAACCGUUAGGUGAGUCACUCAUAGUCAUACAUAUCUUCCUUCUAUAUAAAAAAAGAAUAUUAGUUUUGAGUGGACUGAUAAAUAUAUUCUUUUCAACAAGAAGAAAACAAUCUUCUUAAACCCAAACGUUCAAGAAAAAGAAAAAAAAACGAUACUUACGAUGAGUGCGGUAAAAUCGGCGUUAGGUGAUAUGGUGAUAACCUUUUUGUGGGUUAUUCUCUCGGCGACGUUUGGGAUACAGACGGCGGCGAUUGUUUCCGCCGUAGGGUUUCAUGGUAUCACUUGGGCUCCUCUUGUGAUCUCAACGUUGGUUGUUUUUGUCUCCAUCUCGAUUUUUACGGUUAUUGGAAACGUUCUUGGUGGUGCUAGCUUCAAUCCUUGUGGAAACGCAGCGUUUUAUACCGCCGGUGUUUCCAGUGAUUCUCUCUUCUCCUUGGCCAUUAGAUCUCCUGCUCAGGCAAUUGGUGCGGCAGGCGGUGCGAUAACGAUCAUGGAGAUGAUACCGGAAAAGUAUAAGACUAGGAUUGGAGGAAAGCCUUCAUUGCAAUUUGGUGCACACAAUGGAGCUAUUUCUGAAGUGGUCCUAAGUUUUAGUGUUACAUUUUUGGUUUUACUAAUUAUCCUAAGAGGUCCUCGAAAACUGCUCGCGAAAACGUUCUUGCUCGCACUCGCUACCGUAUCGGUGUUUGUCGUAGGUUCUAAAUUCACUAGACCAUUCAUGAAUCCUGCCAUUGCGUUUGGGUGGGCAUAUAUCUACAAGUCUCACAACACAUGGGACCAUUUUUAUGUGUAUUGGAUCAGCUCCUACACCGGAGCUAUUUUAUCUGCGAUGCUCUUUAGAAUUAUAUUUCCGGCUCCACCUCUGGUUCAGAAAAAACAGAAGAAAGCUUGAGAAAAAAAUGGAAAAAUCUAAGUAAAAAUUUCAUGAAUCAUAAUCCCAUUUGUUGUAUGUUUUAUGCUGUUGUCGUAUUUGUACUUAAUUUAUAGUUUAUAGCCCAAAAAAAAAAUUCGUUUCUUUUUAAAAUUUAUGGAUUCACAUUUUCUCGGUUAGUGCGUAAUCUA